GGCCUUUGUCCCUGAUACGCCGUCGGACCACCAUCUUGGGAUCUGGAGCCGGCCUCCCAGGUUCCGGGGACUCUGUCGGUACCGGCACGGUUCUGCGCCGCGCAGCGAGGACGCGGGGUGUCCGGACUCCGCCAUGAUGUAAACUUGCAUUCUCCUGGGACGUCCUCGUGAUGCUGUUUCGAGAAGGCCCAAGACACUUUACUCCUGCAGGCUGGAAACGGACACCACAUGACUGGAGCAGAGUUCAUCUUUAAGUGGGAGCUGAGAUUCAGGCCAUGGACCAUAGCAGAAGGCUCAGUUCGAUGCCUCCCAGCUGUGGUGGUGAUGCCAAUAGUAAUCACACAGACGACUCUGUGUAACAGCCCUAGCAGUCCUGCCUGGAACUCGCUUUGUACACCUGGCUGGUCUGGAACUCACAGACACCUGGCUGGUCUGGAACUCACAGAGAUCCACCUGCUUUUGUCUCUGGAGUGCUGGGAUUAAAGGUUCAUCUUGAUCAAGAGGCUCUAAUGCCACUUCUGUUUCCUGGUGACAUGCUGCUCCCUUGAGAACCACAGUGAGAACACUGGGUGUCCUAGAACUGGAAAUGGUGUUGGUGUCAUUUGAGGACGUAGCCGUGGACUUCACCCGGGAGGAGUGGCAGGACCUGGAUGCUGCCCAGAGGACCCUCUACAGGGAAGUGAUGCUGGAGACCUACAGCAGCCUGGUGUCCGUGGGGCACUGCGUGACCAAACCUGAGUUGAUCUUGAACUUAGAGCAUGGACUUGGGCCGUGGAGCACGGCAGAUGCCUCAGUCUGGAGCCUCUCAGGUAUCAACAAAAUGAGUAGCCUGGUCGAGACCAGCCAGAAAAAUGGAGACAGACAUUUCUGGCGAAUUGAAAUCGACAGCAACGCUUCAAACGAAGAACUCAUUGAAGCAGAACUAAAGAUCCACGAGGAAAUCCACCAAGGAACAAAGCCCUAUGAAUGUGAAGUGUGUUUGGAAGCGUUGUACCUGAAGUCAGACUGUAGCAGAGAUCAGAGGUAUCACACGUGUGAGAAUCCGUACGAAUGUAAGGCGUGCAGACAAGCUCUCUAUGCUAAGUCUGCCUUCAAUCAGUGCCAGAGGCUCGAGAAGGGCGACAAGCCGCAUGCAUGCAUGGAAUGUGGGAAAACAUUCUACUGCAAGUCCCACCUGACCGUCCACCAGAGGACGCACACGGGCGAGAAGCCCUAAGAAUGAAAAGACUGCAGUAAAGCUUUCUACAGCAAGUCACAGCUCAACGUCCACCUGAGAAUCCACACAGGGGAGAAGCCCUACGAAUGUAAAGACUGUAGGAAAGCCUUCUACCGCAACUCCGACCUCACCGUCCACCAGAGGACACACACGGGCGAGAAGCCCUAUGCAUGCAAAGUCUGCAAUAAAGCCUUCUACUGCAAUUCCCAGCUCACUGUCCAUCACAGGACGCACACGGGCGAGAAGCCCUACGAAUGUCACGUAUGUACAAAAGCCUUCUACUGCAAGUCCCAGCUCGCUGUCCAUCACAGGACGCACACCGGCGAGAAGCCCUACGCAUGUAAAGACUGCAGGAAGGUCUUCCAGUGCAGGUCGGACCUCACUCGACACUGGAGGACGCACACUGGCGAGAGGCCGUACGAGUGUAACGAGUGUAGGAAAGCCUUCUAUCGCAAGUCUGACCUGACUGUCCAUCAGAGGACGCACACAGGCGAGAAGCCCUACGCAUGUAAAGAAUGCAGGAAAGCCUUCUACUGCAAUUCCCAGCUCACUGUCCAUCAGAGAUCCCACACGGGUGAGAAGCCGUAUGAAUGUAAAGACUGCGGGAAAGCCUUCCAGUGCAAGUAUGAACUCACGCGACAUCAGAGAACACACACAGGUGAGAAACCGUAUGUGUGUCUAGAAUGCAAGAAGGCUUUCUACACCAAAUCAGACCUCACUCGGCAUCUGAAAACGCACGCAGGUGACAAACCCUGACCCUAUGAAUGUACAGCAUGUGGGAAGACUUUCUCCUUCAGGUCAUACCUCACCCAACAUCAGAAAAUCCACACAGGCAAGAAGGCCUUUGCGUGUUCAGAGUGUGGGAGGGCCUUCUACACUAAGGGGAAACUUACUGUCCAUCAGCUAAUCCAUACAGGGGAGAAGCCCUACGAGUGUACAAGAUGUGGGAAGGCUUUCUCCCUCAAGACGUACCUCACUCAACAUCAGAAACUCCACACAGGCAAGAAGCCUUAUGAGUGUGCAGAGUGCGGGAGGGCCUUCUACCGAUUAACACACCUCAGGUUACAUCAGAGAACUCAUACGGGGGAGAAGCCCUACGCUUGUACAAAAUGCCAGAAAGCUUUCUACUGCCAGUCCCAGCUUAAGCUACACCAGCGAACUCAUACGGGGGAGAGGCCUUUUAAGUGCAUGGAAUGUGGAAGACCUUUCUACUAUAAGUCACACCUAACUCGACAUCAGAGAAUUCACAGCAACGAGAAGAAGCCCUUUGAAUGUGCAGAAUGUGAGAGAGCCUUCUACUGCAAGUCGGACCUCACUGCGCAUCAGAAGUCUCACACGGGCGAGAAGCCCUACGCAUGUAUGGAGUGUAGGAAAUCAUUCCACCAGAAGUCCACACUCCUCCUCCAUCAGAGGACUCACAUAGGCGAGAAGUCGUUUGCGUGCUCAGACUGUGGCAAAGUUUUCUACUGCAAGUCACAUCUCACUCUCCAUCAGACCAUACACACCGAUACACGCCCCUAAGUGUGCACAGAGUGUGGCAAGUAUUUCUACUAUAAGUCACUACUCAUUGUCCAUGGACGGAUUCACACAGGCGAUAAGCCCUAUGAAUGUGGAGAAUGCGGGAAAGCCUUCUCCCGCAAGCCGCACCUCACUCGACAUCAAAGCACGCACACAGGUCAGAGCGACUUGAAUGCAAAUCAGGCGGGAACGCUUUCUGCGGCAAGUCACACCAGGGAGCACACGCGAGUGGCAGGCGUUCUGAAGGAAAAGAAUGCAGGAUAGCUCUCAACUUCAUGUCACAAGUGACAGUGGGCGGCUCAGAUGAGGAGCCCCGAGGAGGGAAGGAGGGAACUGUAUACCGCCAGUCACAGCGAAGAAUAAAUGGGAAUGACCAUCCUGUGGUGGGAAAGUGCAAGGGGCUUGGUGCAAGUCACGGUUCUGCGGCAUCAGGAGGUGUAGUCAGCCCAGAAGGCCUGUGACCCUGUGGAGUGAAGCUCAGCGUUCUCUAUGUCACUGCUCAUGCGCAUUAGCGCUCUCUCACACAGACAAGAAGCUUUACCCAUGCGAAGAAAGUCAUUCCCCAGUCGUAUCUGCCCAGCACAAGAGGCCACAUGGAUGAGAAUGUAAGGAGUAUUGGCAUUUUUUAAAAAUCAUUUAUUGAAAACUGAAACUUGGGGAUAAAUAUUAAGGAAUAAACGUGAGAAAUUCACAGAGUAACUGAGAAACAAUCCACCUUCUCUACUUCCUCAAUCUGAGAGCAUGCAACCCCUUGGCCCCGCCUCUUUCUUCACUGUGUGCCUCUCUUUCUCCUCUUAGUCAGCCAGAGAACUCGAUGGCCCAUUCUGGUCGGCUGAAUGUGAACUUUGUCCCCUAAACCAAGAUCAACUCCAUUGGUGGUGGUCUGGAGCUAUCAACACCAGCAGAUCUCCCUCAGUGCAGAAAAGCCUAGUAGACCCACUAGCCCUUGCCUGACGACAGAAAGCCCGCGAGUCAGAAGACUGAUGGUUAUAACAACUAUGAGAAUGUAUCAGACACCUACAUGAUCAGGACUUCUGCCUGGGGGGAGUUCUGUAAGAAAAUCCAUACAUGAUAAAAACCUAGGAAUUUAAGGAAUGUAAGAAAAUUUUAUCAUACAGGAGCCAAGAUGGCCAUGGUGCUCAUGGCGCCUGCAGGGGGCAGCCGAGUCUCCUGAAUCCCUCUCCCCCACAGCAGACUGCCGCUGACAACAGAUGAGAGACCUUUAACCCAACCAGUGCCCUCCUCCCUCCCCAUCACCCCUGCAGUCAGCAUGGAGGAGCUGCCGCCACCACCACCACUGCCAAAACCUAAUCCCAAACCUGAGCACUGCCCUACAGCAGGAAACUUAGAGAGGAGCAUCAGAGAAUGACUGUACCUUCACCAGAUGUGUCCUAGCACUUUUGUAAUUUCUGAUAUCAGAAUCUUUUAAAAAUAUUUGAAGAUUCAUUCAAGAUGGUGGUGGUCCCCGACACUGGUAGUACCACAGAGCAACUUGUGGGUGAGUCCCUGGUCACUCUCUUAGGACUUGACCCUCAGCACGGAGCCACCAUUGCUCCUGAGCUGCCCAAGGGCUGCAGGCAAGACGGUCAUACUCAAUGAGACUUUACCAAGGGCGGAGCCAUGUGCAGUGGCCUGGAGCUCUAUCGGGUCCUGCCCUGGACACCCUGCCCAGCUGAAAGAUCACCCUGACUAGGCAACAGCAGGAUAUCUGAGAGGAGCCUCGGCAAUAGUUGAGUAUUUGUGCUGCUUCAGAAACCAGAGAUCUUGAACCAGACCAACGACUCGUUGCAAUAAGUAUGUGCAUGUAAAGCUAUUUGGACAAAAAAAUAAUCCACUGUGUGAGAUGCUGCAGUUUGCAAUGCUGCUUCGAUAAAUAAACAUCCAACGGAGAGGCAGGAAGGCCGGUGGAAGGGAGCGGCCCGUGAAGAGAGACAGAGCUCGAGCCAAGGGUGGCGACAGGUGUGGGAGUGCAGCAACAGGACGGGGAGCAGCAGCCUGCAGCGCAUGCGGGCUUUGGUCCUAAAGACGCUCCCCAGCCUCCAGGGUCACCCUGGCUCCUAGCAACACCAGGAUGUCCAAGGAGAUUGGCUCAUUUCCUGGACUGGGCCUUCUCACAAAUCCUCCAUGGUCUGUGCUGCCGCCAGAGGUCAUGUUGCUUUAUAUGGUCUAUGAGGCCUGUAGCUGCAGCCAGUGGUGCCUGUGGUCUGGACUGCUUGUGCAGGCUGUGUUAAUGCCUUUAGACUGUUGCUACCAGAGACCAUAGGGUGGCCUUUGCUCCGUGUAGGGACCAUGUUGGCAUCAGUGGUCUGUGUUUCUGCCGGAGUCCAGUGUUGAUGUCCAUGGUUCAUGCUACCAUCAGAGGUCAUGUUGGCCUCCAUGGUCAGUGCUGUCACCAGAGACUGCUGAUUUUCUUGGUCCAUAGGACAAGUGGAUGUCUGUGGAAUGGGUUGCUGCCUGAGGCCAUGUUGAUGUUUGUAGUCAGUUUGCCACCAGAUGUCAGUGGUCUGAGCUCUUGCUGGAGGUCAUGUUUGUCUAUAGUCUGCCCCACCACAGGACGGUGUAGCUAUCCAUGGUCCAUGUUGUCUGCCCCACCACAGGGGACGGUGUAGCUAUCCAUGGUCCAUGUUGUCUGCCCCACCACAGGG